AUAUAUAUUUUAAGAAGACGCCCUGUACUGUGUCUUUAGUCCACGGGAAAGAAGACUGCUGUGAAGCUACUGGGAUUUCUGGGAAAACGGGAAGAAAGUUCAUUUUCAAGUUCUCAGUUCAUUUACACAUGAAUGAAAUCGUCUGAAAUGGCAUCGUCUGAUUCCCAUGACACUAAACACCAUCAGAGACAGAUUCGUGCAAAAAGUGGCAAUAAAAGACUUCACUACUGCUCAAUGUGUGGGAAAAGUUUCACAAGACCAAGUUCUCUCAAAAUACACAGACGGAUUCACACAGGAGAAAAACCGUUUCAUUGUACAGAGUGCGGGAUGAGGUUUUCGGAUCAGAAAGCUCUCAAACUCCAUAAGCGCAUUCACACGGGCGAGAAACCGUAUUGCUGCUCAGAGUGUGGGAAGAGUUUUACACAACGGAGUGCUUUUAAAUCCCACCAGCGCAUUCACACAGGAGAGAAGCCCUAUCGGUGCACAGAGUGCGGGAAGAGCUUUUCACAGCUGAAUACUCUCAAAGUCCAUCAGCGCAUUCACACAGGAGAGAAGCCAUAUUGGUGCUCAGAGUGUGGGAAGAGUUUUUCAGAGCAGAAAACUCUCAUAGUGCACCAGCACAUUCACACAGGAGAGAAGCCAUUUCACUGCACGGAGUGCGGGAAAAGUUUUACAGAGCAGAGAAGUCUGAAAGCCCACCUGCGCAUUCACACGGGAGAGAAGCCGUAUCAGUGCACAGAGUGUGGGCAGAGCUUUACAUUACGUAGUGUUUUUAGAAUCCACCAGCGGAUUCACACAGGAGAGAAACCGUAUCGGUGCUCUGAGUGUGGGAAGAGUUUUACACAUCACAAUGCUUAUAAAACGCACCAGCGCAUUCACACGGGAGAGAAGCCGUAUCAGUGCACUGAGUGUGGGAAGAGUUUUACACAGCAAGGUGCUUUUAAAUCGCACCAGCGUGUUCACACAGGAGAGAAACCGUAUCGGUGCUCUGAGUGUGGGAAGAGUUUCUCCGAGCAGAAAAGUCUGAAAGUCCACCGGCGCAUUCACACCGGAGAGAAGCCAUAUCAGUGCACAGAGUGCGGGAUGAGUUUUAUGUAUAAAAGUGUUUUUAAAACCCACCAGCGCAUUCACACUGGAGAGAAGCAGUAUCACUGCUCACUGUGCGGAAACAGUUUUUCUGAUAUGACAGCUCUCAACGUCCACCAACGUAUUCACAUGGGAGAUAAACUGCAUUGCUGCUCAUACUGUGGGAAAGGUUUCAUAAACGUAUCGAAUUACAAAAAACACGUGCAAAUUCACACAGGAGAAAAGCCGUAUCGCUGCUCACUGUGUGAGAAGGCUUAUACUCGAAAUAGUCAUCUUAAAAGACAUCAGCUCACUCACACAAGAGAGAAGAAGUACCAGUGAUCAUACUGUUGAGAAACAACAAACAUUCACACUGAUGGGAAACCAUACUGAAAUAAUAUGAAAAAUAUUAUACACCUGAGCACUUUUAUACAAAACAAGAAAGAACUGAAUUAGCAAGUCUAAUUUGAUUAGCUCUAGUGAUUAGUGCUUGUGUAUAACUGAUAUUUUCUGAAUAUAUAGAGGCCUCGGUCUGAGGCCUUGGUCUGACUGUGUGAUAUCUUUUUAUACUUUACCUAUGACCUUGGCUAUGACCAUAAUGUCCAUUGUUUUGGCCUAGACAUUCUUUCUGCUCUGAUCUGAUAAAUGUGUGCCAAGUCCAGACACUCUGUAACAAACUCGUUAAACCAUCAGUAACUGCUAUCCAUCAAGUUCUGAUGUAAUCAUUUCAUGUUUUAGACCAGGAUUCACCUUAUGCUUGUACUCCGCAAAAAUGUAGUACUGUUACUACUGUUCUAAAAAAGUGUGAUUUAAUUAGUUGCCACUAUCCACUGUAACCCAGAAAAGGAGAUAUUUUCUUUUGCCCGUGGUUUGUUCUUGUUGGCAAGUCACCAUAUGAGAGAAUAAAGAAAGAAACCUUCUGGCUUUAACUUUUUUCCCCCCACUGUCCUUGGGAUAUUUUUUUUUUAUUAUUCAGUAUUGCAAUGGGUCUGGAGUGAUCUUAAUGAUCAUGUCAGGUGAAGACAAAAAUAUACUUCCCAUGUAUAUUGAGAAUCAUCCUAUGUACAUAUGAUUCAAAUAAACAUUACAUAGCAUGAUGGAGCUCUAGUGUGACGUGUGUAAUGUUGGAUAAGUUUCACAUUGUCAUCUAUUGUUUCAAAAAACCAUAUGCUCUUUGGAAAUGCCUUAAGUUUUAACCCCUGUUAAAAUGAAUAAAUAAACCAAGUUAAAUGCCAAUUAACAACUUACAAACUGUAAGUGAAAAAUAACCUUUUAAUGGAAAAGAAAGAAAGAUAAAUUUUUACAUAGAUAUAUAACCUAGUGCGCACACUUUUUAAUAGUUGGUGACGUGACAUGUUCUGAAAUGAACCACACAUUCAAUCUAAUGUUCAGAAGCAACCAUACAGUAUAAAAGAAGUGCAUUUUCACAUGUGCAUUGAUCCUUAAAGAUUAAAUUGGCCUGGUCAUGCUUUGAAGAUUUUUUUUAAUCUCUGGUGAAUUUAAAGGUCAGGCUUUCAUGAGUAUUUAAAUAAUGAUUUCAGAUAUGUUUAUGGAUUUAACCUUAGUAAUGUUUUCUUCUAAUUAUUAAACUCAAUCUUAUAUUUUUUCCAUUGACUUCAAAGUAAAAUCCUCCAUCUCGUAAAAUCCAAUUAAUUUUCAAUUAAUCGCAGAUUAUUCUUGAUAGCAGCAAUAAUUUAGGUGAACGAUCCAAAAAGACACAUACGAAAUCUUAAAAGGAAAACAAGCAGUAGGGGAGAGCACUCUGUUUUCUCUUAUUUUAGUACUAAAACUAUUAAUCUCAAGUUUCCUAGUACUCAAGGGGUUCAAAGCUUUAUUUAUUUU